AUGAGCUACAUAAGCGACGAAAAAGAUACCUCCGAAAUCAGCUCAUUUGUCAACCACCUACGGACCGAAACCAUCGUCAUCCGCACGCACAAUCUAUCCUUCCACGUCCACCGCGGACUCCUAGAGGAAAAGUGCUCCGCACUCUACAACUACCUCACCACACCAGACUGGAACAGCCCUCCAAGCGAAUCCCUCUACAUCAACACCAGCAACGAGGUCAUGUCCUCAUUCCUCCAGUGGCUCUACACCGACACCUACCCCAUCAAACACAACCCCCAAGAUGCAGACAAUACCUCCACGACAACCACCGACGCCAGCACCAACGAAUUCACCAUCUCCCUGAUGCACCACACCCGCACCUACAUCUUCGCAUACGUAUACCAGAUCCCCAUCCUGAGAGAUCUUGCGGCGAAACAUGUCACCAAGAUGGUUGAAGCCCACAAAUCAUGGGCGGAAGAUACUACCCCGCUCUUGAUGGCAACCCGAUUAGCACUGGUGACCUUGCCAGAUGCUGACCCAUUGGUUUGUGUUUUCCGGGCAAUCAUACUAACAUAUAUGGAGAUGUGGCAGACACCGGGCUUUAUAGCGCUGAUCAAAGAUCACGGCCCAACCUCCCCGUAG